AUGCAUCUGAGGAUUUUACUUCCUUAUGUUGUUUUCUUGUCGUUUAUAUGUCCUUUAUCAAAUGGUUUUAUUCCUCAGAUCACUGAUAGAAUCGAAACAGCAGUUGUACAAGAAAAAGGUACUGCUUAUCUUAACUGCACAGCAGUCAUAGAGGAACAACAGGAGUCUCAAAUUAGUUGGUAUCGUACUGUAGAUAAACAACAAAUUCAUCCGGUAGUACACUUAAAGAUCCUGUUUCUUCCUGGAAGACCCAACUAUGCACCUAAUAUGGCUGGUGUCGACGUAAACAAACUACGUACCUACCAACUGAUUGUUCGAUUUGUAGAUAUUAAUGACGCAGAUACACAAUUCAGGUGUGUUAUUGAAUUGAGAACUACGCCAGUUGAUCAGUGGCCUGUAGCAUAUGGGAAUAUUAUCGUGAAACGCGCUCCUGAAAUUCUCCCGGGGUUGACAUCUAAAAUUGUGACGGAAGGAGACUCUUUAACGUUAGUUUGCCGUGCACAAGGCUCGCCACCACCAAUGAUAAGUUGGACUAGAGCUAAUGGAAGGCCUCUAUCACUUCCAGGUUCACCACAAAGAAUUUAUAAUUCAACACUGCAUAUUCCCCGCGUUGAUCGUUAUGAUCGUGGUGUUUAUCGAUGUUAUGCAGUUAACAACGUAGCUGGGUCGGCUGAAUAUGAUGUAAUGGUGGAAGUUAAUUAUGCACCACAUGUUCGUGAGGCUCGGUUCAAGGGAGCUUAUGGACAGGCACCAGAUGGGAAUUAUGACAUGACAUUGGAAUGCAUUGUCAAUGGAUAUCCUGAUCCUGAUUUAUUAUGGUAUACUGGAAUUUAUGAUCCGAUAACUAAUAAUAAACCCCUAUUUGAUAAUAAUCGUUAUGAACUUGAAAAAGCUCAAAGUUAUGGUUCAGCUGGAACAAAUGUAACUGAUGUUUUCUCAACUCUACUAAUUCGUAAUGUACGAGUUGGUGAUUAUGGAAAUUAUUCUUGUAGAGCGGAAAACAAAUAUGGAUCAAAUUUUGUUGUACUCAGUUUAUUUUAUCAAUCAAUCUGUCAAGGUGCUUACUGCCCAAUGCUUGGGGCUGUUUCCUUGGAAGCUCGAGUUAAUGAAGAUGGAACUUCAGUAAUCAACUAA